AUGCUCCAGAGUAACACUGAAUCCAGACUCGACCUAUUGGAGCAGCUCGGAAAAUCGGUGCUGCUCGAGUCAAGUAACAACAGCAUCCCCAUCUUCCGCGGCCUGCGCGCAAACUCUUGCGACUCAAAUCCACCUUCUCCCACAACAUCUUCUUCAUCACCGGUAUCGACAACCACAGAAGUCGACUCGGAGAUCGACGUGAAGGAGUGGACCAAAUUGGUCCUCAACCAUCUGAAUUGUCUCAAAUCCUUAAACUCCUCCUCCACCACCAACUCCAAAGAAGUGAUCAGGUUCAUUUACAACAAGCUCGACCUUGAGCCUCUCAAGUUACUCAAGACUCUCCUGCACCGCAACCGAGUCUUGGUUCUCAAACAAUUCCCAUCUCAAGUUCCCCCAAAGUUCCGCUUCAACAAGGACCUCAACGAGCCCACCAUUAUCCCCGACGAUGACCUCCUUUUCGAAUUCCCCUUCAAGCUUUAUCUCUUGCGGUACCCCAACGCGUUAUUGAAUCUUCUCAACUCGAAAUUUAGCUCUCAAGUAAAGCAAGACGAUCUUCUUAGUCAAUCGUAA